CAAACCGUUGUGAACGUCCUAUAUAUGAUAUAGAUAAGAUAAUGUGAAUUAGGAAAUACCUGUCUACCUUAUCUUGUUAAGUUUGGCAUUCAUUUAUUGAAAUAUUAAUUACACACUGUAUAUGUCAUAUUGUUCCUUAAACAAACUAAACAUCAUGAAAUCUUAUUGGUAUGUGUUUUGGAACGUUAGUUUCGUGUUUGUAAUGUCAAAAACUUGUUCUGCCUUGCCGGAAAGCACAGAUACAGUGUAUAAUUCUAUGCCUUCAGAAUAUAGGAGUAUACAAGAGGCAUUAAAACAAUUAGAAGAUAAGUUAACUGCGCAAUUUCAUUUUAAAGUCCUGGAACUGGAAGAAAAAUAUGAUAACCAAAUGCGAAUAAUGAAAGAAGCUAUUGUUCAGCACGACCUUGAAAUCAGGCGUCUGAAGAAAGAGGAGGAAUUAUCUCAAAUAGAAAAAGAGGAGACAGUAAAAAUAAAGGAAGAUGUAGAACAUUUGAAGUUAAUGUGUAACAAAUGGCAGACAUUUUCUAACGAAAGUGAUUCUGUUUCGGGACAGACUGACGCUGUAGGCACUGUGAAUGACAAUGAAACACUCAAGAGAGCAAGAAAAGAUAAAAAAGAACAGAUGUAUGGUGAUUAUCGUGGAAAAGCAAAAAGACUUCUUCUUGGAACUGCCGCACCGACUUCAAAACCAACGGUGGCAUUUUAUGUUUGGCUGAGCCACAGCGAGACGAAAAUUGGACCACAUCAUACUUUACUAUUUGACCAUAUAGAGACAAAUGUCGGUAACUGUUACAACAAGCAUACUGGGGCAUUUAUUGCGCCAAUUGGGGGUGUUUAUCUAUUUUCUUACACAGUGUUUUCUGAACGACAGGGCUACGGUUCAUUUGAGAUUGUUGUCAAUAGCGCAAGUCGCGGAUCAAUAUUUGUUGAAAAUGGGGGAGCACAAUCUGUCUACACAGGUUCAACUGGAGUUGCUGUCUUGCUUUUAAACCAGGGAGAUGCAUGCACUAUACGGACUCAUUCUACGUACUCAUCUACCGGAACAAUCCGUAGCGGGAACUUAAUGCGAACAGCAUUUAGUGGUGUGAUAGUUGGACACAUGUUGUAAUAAAAUGAGAUUUUCUCACACUAUGUUUGAACAAUAUGUUUUAUUAAGAUAUUAUCGGUAUAACAAAAAC